UGGCUUGAAAAGACAUUCUCUCAAUUCCAUUCUUUCUUCUUUUCCUUCCUCUGCAGGCAUUGAACAACUUUUUCCUUGUUUCCGAGAAAACUCUAUUUCAACCAGCACAGUUGAUUUCAGCGUCCUUCUGUUCACGGCAGCAAAGUCUCAUCUUACACUACCUGAAUUAGAGAAGGAACACUAGGAGUCCGCAUCCAUGGAUUCACAGGGCCAGACAACUUCUUUGCAGAGACUUCAGAAUGUAGAAAAGAGAAUCGUGAAGGUUUUAGAGCUUGCCGGAGGAGUAAUGGAUGAGCUUGCAAGCCCUGUUGGUCCUAGGAAAGAUGUGGUCCAAAAUCACUGCCUUGAGUUCAUGCAAUUAAUCAAGGACAUUCAGGUGGCAUUGCGUGACGAAAUCAAAAGUGCUUGUGAAUAUCGGCCAUUUGAGAAAUGUGACUAUGGUCCCAAGAAUAGCCAUGAGAUUGUCCCAAAAAGGUUGGAUUUAUUAGUCACAUUGGAUGCAAUGAAACAAACUAUAGAUAAAUAUCAUUGCGGCAUGGGUUGGUGAAAAUGGUAGGUCAAUCUUCCUGGGUUAUACCUCCCAUAAUGAGGAAUUGCUUGGUUCUAGUUAGUGUGUAGUUUUGGGUAAGGUAAUAAUUACCUUGGGAGAGAAAGGAAAUCAGUGUAUUUAUUUAGAUGGUUAUAUAGAAGAGUAUCUAUUCGAUUUGGGAUUGUAUGCUCUCCUAUCUUACUAGGGCCAGCAAGUUUUUUUUUUUUCAUUUAUUUGUGGACUAAUGCGGAGGGGGCGGCAACAGGUGGGUUAGAGUGUACUGUGCUAUCAUGUGCACUUUAAAAAUCUUACAAUGGUUAUAAAGUUUUAGAUUCUUGACCCAGAUCACAAAAGUAUGAUCUUUCAAGGCUGGUGUGUAUGACCUUAAUUAUUAUAGGGAUGUGAUUCUUGUCCAAUUUUUCCCAACCGAUUGCAUGAGAUUUUGUCCUUCUGUGAGGAAAUUUUUGAAAGUAAGUUAGAGUUAUCAGGGUCUCUGCAACUUUUAUUACUACAUCAUCCACUGAGUCCUGACCAGAACUCAAUCUUCUAUUGUACAUUUCUUCCUACUUGAACAUCAUCUUCUGUGGCGUCAUUAAUUUGGUGCGGAAAGAAAAUGAUUAUUGCAUUGGAAACAUGUUGAAAAGUCAAUGGCAUUUUUUAAUUUUA